UGUCAUUUUAUUUUUUUCUUGUACACUCGUGCGAUGAUUUAUCCUUUUCUGUACAGUUGCGUGACCAGACUCAAAUUACACACGGGCUUUCAUCACGCAUCACAGGGUUUAGUCCGAGGCUAAACGACGGAAGACUUCAGUAAACUGCGGCCACUUGCGAUUGAAACGACUGUGGUAAGUAAUUCUUAGAGAUCUCGAAUCCCAUUUAGAGCUAGCACGCCGUUUCUAGCGGCUUCAUUUUAGGUGCAGAAACUCGAGGUCAAUAUUUACACUCCAUGAGAACUUAACAGCGUUGUCUUUUUCAGCGUGCAAUCAAAUGCAGUGUUAAUCUACUUAGCUCUUUUUUGUAACCAUCAAAUUGAAAAGCCUUUUUCAAAAGAUUUUAAGAACUUUCCGUAAUGUGCCCCUUGCAAAAGAAGCUAAGUUAGCAAAAACUUUUGUGUACCCACACUCGCGGCUAGCUUGUUUUCAGCGUUCCAACGAGAGAAAAUACGCUGCACGUUUCGGUGUCUCAGCGACGCAAUUUUGUAAUGCCGCCAAAAAUUUUUUAACACAAGAAACGGCAAAGGAUGUGCUUUAAAAUAGUGUUUGUUCAUGUUGAAAUUCCGUGUAUCAAUUCUUUUUUUCGAUGGUGAAGUUAGGUCAAAUUUGCCAUUUUUGAAAACAGGCGAAAUCGUGUUUCUUCUUGCGGCCAACACAGUCACAUUUAAACAGCUUAUCUAAAGAUAAUUGCAGAAUUAUAAAGAACAAGUCGGUGUUUUCCUUGUGACUUGAUUUCAUUUAGAGAUAUCGUCCCGUUUUUAUGUACGAGCGCGAAGAAAAUGAUUAAUUUUCGCUAAUUUCAUACUCGAAAGAGCGCCGAUUUGGUGUUUUUCAUACUUUGCCCGAUUCAGGAAAAAAUAAAAAGCCUUUACAAGUUUUAAUGUGAUUUUUGAAAUAAGCGUAUUAUAGAGAUUAUGUGGGCAAAAUAUGAAGAAAUUCAAAAAUUCACGACUGUCAACCGAUUCUCGAAAAUUACAGACAUUGGGAGUCUUAAAAAUAACAACAAAAUGUUUAACUCAUUUCGUAAAAUUUCAUAAAAUCAUUUCACCUAUCCCUCGCCUAUCUCUCCCCUAAGCUAACACAUUCUGUCUUGCAUGCAAUGACUCGCUUUUUCAAUCGAAACGCGGAUACUUACGAUAAAGCACUUUCGCACUGUAAAGUAUAAUUUACUUAUCCAAACCAUUGGAGGAUGAUUUCUAGUUAAAUGGUUCAUUUCCUUGGCUUAUAGACGGUUCGGGCUACGUGGGAGGAGCUGCAUCACAAUGUUUGUGUGCUAUUCGUUCUCUGGCACCUUUGUGUUGAACGCCAAACUUGUUUAACAGCAAAACACUUAUAUUUUGGAGAAACUCUAAACUUCUUUUUGGGAUCCAAUAUGGUGUAAAACGUUUAAAGAAAACAAAUCUUGAUUGUAAGUGCAACGGACUUGAGCAUUUUUAUCAUUAUUAUUAUUUAAAGCGCGCGCGAGGCAAGCGCGAGCUUUAAGUAGAGCUUACAAACAUUAGCCCCAUGAGUGCAGUAUAAGCCCAGUGUAUUUUUUUAGGUAGAGCUUACAUACAUAUCAGAGUGUGUCCAACAGAGAAAUGCCGAAUCCAGCAAAAGUAGUCCUGGUCAUCAUUUUCCUGCUGUUUUCACCUCAGUCAAUGACAAAUGCCUUUCUCAGGUAAAUAAUAUAUUAAUUACAAUCCUACAGGUAUGGAUUCAUCAAGCCUUCCAAAACUAAGAUAUACAACAACAACAGCUUAUCCUUUACUCACAUUAAAUAGAUUCGUUUAGUAGUGUAAAGAAUACAAAUAAACGAGAAAGGAAAAAGAACUUCAUGUGAAUCCGAAGUUAGCAUAGCUGUAGUUGAGGCAGAAUGGAAGUUUAGGUAUGUGAUUUUUUGUAGAGAAUAUUGAAUUUAUAAUGACAACCAUUUUUACUGAGGAAUUUUGUAACCUGUAUAGUCUAACUAUCGACUGUGGCAAAGGAGCCCGAUUAUAUAGCAGAUGAAUUCAACGUAAUCAUCCCUAUCCAAAAGAGUCUCCGAUAAGUGUGGCCCCUGUUCUCGAAAUGAGCGUCUGCCGCCCCUCCCGAAUCAUAAUAACCCAACUUAACUCAACGUUAACUGGACUCAGCUUUAUCAAAGCAAUAUUUGCUGUGUUCUCCCCCCCAAAAAAGCAUCAACAAGAAAAUGAUCUGCAACGAGCAUUAGCUAAUCUAGGCGGAACAGUCAGUCAUACCAAUACAAAACAUUGCAACAUUACAGUUCAAUUAGCCUGAGAAAACAGCCCACAUUUGGCGACACUACCACUGUUUGCCCGCCAAAUGACGUCUGGGAAACGAGAGCAGAAAUUCCAUACUGAUGAAGUGUCACUACCCAGAUCUGGGUAGUGCUUCUGAUUGGUCGUGCCCCGUGGGAAAUUUGAUUCAGCCAAUCAGAGCUCGAGGCACUACCCAGAUCUGUGUAGUGAUGCUUCAUCAGUACGGAAAUUCUACGCUCGUCUCUCAGACGUCAUUUGGCGGGGAAACCAGAGGUAGCGUCGCCAAAUGUCGGGCUUCAGUUAAAUUCAAUAUAAUUAUCAUCAGCUUGAUUGCAAGCCGCAAAGUUCUAUUAGUUUUUAGUGCUGUAGAAAUUUAAGAAAUGUCGAUUCAGUCAUCAUGCCUCUCUAGAAUCUCAACCAGGAAAAAGUGGAGUUUCGUUUUUCAAAAAGUGCUUUUUCACAGUGUUUCGGUAGCUUUCUUAAUGUUUCUUGUAUGACGUCAAUGGUUACUUCCUACCACUUUUUACAUCGUUGUCCGAUUUGAGUCGACCCUGUUGUCGAGAUCUAAAACUUUCUAACCAGCUUUACCAAGGGUCUUCACUCCAAAAAUAUACUAGGUGAAAAGGUCUGAAAACUAUAGUAAGCAUCAAAUAUGCUGGAACCGCUAGUGAAACAAUCAACAUGGGAUGAGGCAGCUUCAUCUGAUAAUGUUUAAUGACCAUUCUCCCCCGGUUUUACUAGAAAGUUCCUUGUCGUGUAAAGGCUGGGCUUAAAGAGUUCACAGUUAAAACGGAUUUCCAACAUACUCAAAUUUGGGACAUAAAAUUUCAUGCAUCCAUGCCUCUUGAACUUUUAACGCAGGAUUGGCUGAGGCAAUAUGGUGCGAUAAAUCAAGUCAAUUAUCAAAUACUUAAGUAUUUUCUCCCUCUAUGGGGCUUUUCAGGGGUAAUGAAGCAAAUAUUCAAAUGGUACAUAACAAGGUUAAGAAUCCCAACUGGUAGGAGGCGAAUUAAAUGGCUAUUUUACUAGCGUGGCCGAGGAUUUGAACGCGGGACUACCGAGAACCAGUCCAGCUAGCGAUAAGGGCAGGACUUGAACUCGGCCCUCCGAAAUACAAGUCCAUCGCGGCCUCGUUUUCUAAUCAAGAAAAGAAGGGCGAGCAAAUUUGAAAGAAAGGUUGGGAGGUAAGGUAAUGGCGUCGAGAAAAAUUUUGUUUUAUGGUCAUGCAGAAAGUUUGUUUGCAAGAGGUAAAGACCAAAUUGAAUUUUAUAAAAUGUACUUAGCAGCACUGUCUCUUCAUUAAUAGAACAAAGUCAAUGUUCUUAAUUUCUGAUGUUUUUAAGUCCUAUUUAAUAUUUACUUCUUUUCAUUAUAGCGAUAACUCAACGCAACUCAUGGACGAUAUUUCAGCUGUCAUUACGAGAAUAGCAAAGGAUGAAACACACAGGUUUAUUCGGCCAAAUGCAAGAGGUAUAGAAGACAAUAAGGAAUGACAGAAAUAAAGCACGAGAAGUUACAGAUUUCAACAGGAUCAGACAUUUUCCAUUCUGACGACUAACAAGGUCCCCUUUGAUCUGAGUUUUACCUUGUUUUUGAUAGGGCCGCCAAUAGAAGUCCAAGCUGAAGUGCAAAUAGUUUACAUUGGAGGCUUUAAAGAAGUUGAUAUGGUUUGCAAUUAUUUAUUUUACAACAACUGCAUUAUAUCUCACGCGCUGAUUGGCUAAUUUUUAUUAUCAAUUUAACAAAUAAAUUCCAUGUUGCCGUUCGUCUGUUCAGUAAUAGAGCACAAAUGGGGUCAAAAUGUGGUAAAAACAAAGUGGCACACGAGCCGCAGGCGAGUGUGUCACACAUACCUGCCUCCUACCGCUUGACUGUUCGAGGAUUUGUGCUAGUUUAGGCAUUUUUAAAGUCCCAAACGCUACCUUUCGUCUCUACUUUUUCUUUUUUUCUUUGUCUUACUUGUAUACAGUUUCUUCGAAAAAUUUUUCAACGUCUUUUCUUGCUCAAAGCAUAAUAAUGGCGAAAUCAUUUUGCAAAACAGCGAGUCUCUCGUCAGCCGACACACGAUGGCAACUGUUGUGAAGAUUUCUUGUGGUUUCUUAGGCAUUCAAGUAGUCGAGCUAUUUUGUCUCCGUUUCUCCAUUUUUAUUCUCCUGCUAAACUUUAUUGGAGGCUUUCACUUGCUUUAAUCCGAAAAAAUCUCAGAAACUUUUUCAAAACCGCGCUCCAUAUGUUAAACAAAAGAAAGAAAACAAGUUUCCCGUGACGUCAUCUAUGUAUCCGGGCUCAGUUGUUCGAAGGCCGAUUAGCGCUUAACCCAGGGUUAAAUUUAACCCGGGCUUCUUUUUCUUUUUUUCAAAAGCAUUUUCUCGGAUAAUUUCACUGGUGUUUUUAAGAGCAUCCAAUCAUCAGCUUGUUGAUAAAAAGAAUUAAACUGAAUUUACUUUUUAAGCUUUUUAACCUGCGAGAGCGUUCGGUUUUUUCGGCUCAACUAGAAACGACAGAAACUUGAGCCGAAAAAACCGGAUGCUCUCGCAGGCUAUCCCAUUAAUAAUUUACUGACAGACAUGUUUCCUCGAUGGGCAAGUAUCGCCGACAAGUAGAUUUUCUCGUUUUCACUGGGAACUGAACUGAGAUUGCCAAUGUUUCCUUGGCAGACUUUUACUUUGGAACUGUUCUUUCGUCAGUACUGGCGUGAUGACAGGUUAUCUCAUAAUGUGCCUGAGAGGCAGAUAACGUUACCUGGUGACACCGCUGACAGACUGUGGCAGCCUGACACAUUCUUUCUAAACACGAAAAAGGGAGAGCUGCACAAAAUGACUACCUUAAACAAAGUGAUGGUAAUUCAAGCCGAUGGUAGUGUCUUUGUCGGCACAAGGUAAAAAAAAGAACAGUUUUUCUUAAUGCCUUAUUACGUAUCGCCAGGCGAUUACUUAAGUAUGGGCAUAACUGAGGCUUUUUAUUUUACCAGUCUUAACGACAAUCAUCGACAGUCAUCAGUCAUCUUAAAACCUUGUGAAAUUUGUUCUAAAAUUGUUCUUGGAUCGUCAUGACUUUCGACUUAUUUUAUUCAUAAUAUUUAGAAUCACUCUGACGUGUGUAUGUGCAAUGGACUUUCGCAAGUUCCCCAUGGAUCGACAAGUGUGUGAAUUGAACUUCUUAAGUUGUAAGUUCCGAAAAAAAUAUACAUAUUAAUGAAAUAAAAGCGCUGAUGCCAGGUGACUGUUUAUGUGUUAGUUUUUAUACCUGCUAAAAAAAUGUCGAAUUGCUGUAUUUUCUCUAUCUUGGCAGCUGUUUAUCUUGCCCUUGUGCCUAGAUUUUAUUUUAUAUUCCAAACAAUAACUAACGGGAUUGUUUAAAUCAUUCUAUUUUAGACCCCGUUAUUAAUUUUGGAAUGGUCUUGAACUUUAUUAUUUACUAGGCUUCAUUCUAAUACACUCCAUUAGUAAGGAAUAAGCAUUUAAUUUAUUAUCCCUUUUGUUUACAUUUUAUUCACUGAAAAAUGUUUCUUGUUCUUUUAGUCAUACCAUUAAUUGUUUUCUCUUGACUCUUUUGCUUUGCAGACUCUUUUACCACUGAUGAUAUUGUUUACGAGUGGAAGGAGAAAAAUAAAACUUUGUCAGAAAGUGUCGAGAUUGCUCAAUUUACACUGAAACCAGUCAGCACUCAUCAGGACGUCAGCAGCUACGUACUUGGUACUCUAUGUGUUGAUGUGUCGGGGAUGUGGUCUUGAGACAGCCACCUGAUCUAUUCCCGGAGUAGUCAAUCGACAAAAAUCGGCAACGAUAAAAAUCGAUAGCAAUCAAGUGAUUUUUAUCGAUUGACAAUGGAAAUCGGUGAAAAUAGAUAAACUAAAUUGCUCUGUCAAUUGCAAAUCGAUAUUAUCGAUUUUUCAUGAUUUUAACGGUACAUGACGGAAGUCCGCCAUUGUUGAUUUUUGGCAUAAGUUAGCAUCCACGAGUAACAACUGAUCAGCAAACGCGAAAAUGAGAAAUAUGGAAACUAUUGCACACACAACUUUCUCUCUAAAACUCUUCGUUUUGUACAUAAUAACAAAAACGGUUCGGCUUUAUAAUUACAUUCAGUUCUCGCAGGAAAGUAUCACGAGAAAUACAAGUAAAGACUCCCUAGUCUGAAUUUCAGACAUCCACUCGAGUCGAAGGAUUUACCGAUUUUUAUCGAUUUAUCGAUUGAUAAAUCGAUACGAUUUUUAUCAAUUGAUUACUCCGAGUCCAUUGAGAUUAUCGGUUGGCAUUUUCCUUAAAUAAAGAAUAAAAGCGAGAGAUUUUAUUCUGGAUUUUACAUACAAGAGAGUCGACAUGCUGUUUGUAAACAGACUUCUCCUUUAAUAGCUCCCUAUCACACUUUGUCACUAAAGCUCCUUUCUUUUGAAUUUGCCAGUGUUUCUUAUCAAAUGCUUGCAUAUUUUUAAAUGUUUCUUUCUCUUUUCUUAGGUAAUUACUCUGUUCUUGGCCUUAGAUUUGUGUUCACUCGACGCAUUGGCCAUUACCUGACAAGGGUUUACAUUCCAGCCAUUCUCAUCGCGUGUAUGUCUUGGCUUUCAUUCUUCAUUGAUCGGAAGUCAGUUCCAGCUCGUGUUGCACUAAGCAUAAUGACUGUUCUCACAAUUACUACACUGUUAAUCGGUGUUGGUCAGGGAUCUUUGCCUGUGGUAUCGUAUGUGAAGGCAGUGGACUGGUACCUAAUUUUUUGCUAUAUUUUUGUGUUCGGUGCAUUUGCAGAAUAUGCAAUUGUAAACAGCAUAGAAAGAGGACACAAAUCUACAGAACAUCGAGUGGUGAGAAUUAGUAUGGAUGCAUUUGUAUAUACUCCGUGGAAAUAAAAAUGUGAUUAAGUGGUCUACUUAUACUGUCAACCAUACAUACAAAUUUUGUUACAAAAUUGGCGAGUAAAAUAUCCGAGUAUCGUAAAUCUUUUUGUUUCCACUUGUCAAUAGUUAUUCUACGGCUUUGAGUUUUACACUUUCCUCAAUGAUUGUUAAAAGGAAGUAAAACCGAGUCAGCGCGUAACGAUUGACAAUUGUUUCCACGGUCGCUUGUUUCGCUUUUUCUACUGUCUUAGAAAAAAGACGCGAGUAUCAGAUUUGUAGCUAGAGUAACAAUUACGCAACCCAUCGAACUCAUCGAACCCAUCGAUCAAGAUUAGCUGCCGCCAAAUAUUUGGAGACUUACCACCGUCCACCGUACUGAGAAUAGACCUAUUCGGCUAGCUCGGUGCUGUACCCAAUUCAACCCUUUGGGAAUAAAACGUUUUGUUUCAAAGAUUUCCAUAUCAUUUAAAUGUGAAUGCCACAUUAUAAAGCAAGUACAACACACAACUAAUCUUAACCCCGGAAGAUUUGAAUUGGGUACAACACUGAGUUAGCCGAAUGGGUCUUUUUGUCAGUACUUUUACUUUUCUGGGUAAAUUCUACCUCUUUUGUGCAGUUUAGGAAUAAAUCAAAUUUUAACUCUUAAGAAUAAAAAUUAGCGAAAAGAGUUUUCACACAACGUUUCGAUGUCACCAUGACAUCAUUAUCAAGUGACAAGAUAAAAACUAAGAUAUAUUAAGUCAGAUUUUAGUUUUUUCUUUUAAUAAUGAUGUCAUGGCGACAACGAAACGUUGUGUUCAAUUCUUUUUGGUAAUUCUUAUUCUUAAGUGCUGAGGCAGUUUCCAGAAAAUAAUUGUUUCUAUAGCGACAGCACAACCCGUGGGGCUCAUCUGCUAUUUUACCUUAAAGCUGUUAUAAGUCUUAAGAUGUCAAAUAAUUGCGGUGCAUUCAAAUAUGUUAACCUCUCACGUGUUUGACUGCAGAGUGUUACUGAGUCUAUUGGCAGUAUUAAAUAGUAAGUGGAAGAGCUGCCCUAAACUCUCUGGCUCUUUUGGGCCACCAUUAAUACGGUGAUUCCAAUUUAAAGGGUGUUUUUCCCCCUUGGUUCAUGAACAUAUAAUAGUCCCUAGGUAAUACGAAGAAAAUUGAGGGUGAAUACUAGUUUCCAUAAAAAAAAAGCUUUAUAAACUUUAUGAAUUUCAUCUGCCCUUUUUCUGAGUUCCAGUAAAAAGCCAUUCAAAACUAAUUUUCAGUUGGAAGCAUCAACCUUUGUAAAUGUUAGUUACUGAAAUCUUGCCAUGAUGCUCUGACCAUAUGCGCAGUAGCAAAAUUUGAGGACCAUGGGUACCAUCCUUAAAAUCAGAUUCAUCUUAAUUUAAUGACAUCUAAUUGAGCUGUUUGUAUUUCUUUGCUUGAAUAAGUGUGGUGAAUUAACGCUCGGACGUACAGGGGGGUGAAUGACGACCACCACCCUCCCCUCCAUCAUUAGGUUUUUCUGAGUUUUUUUUUUUUCCUAGAAGAUAAAACAUCAGUACCUGACGUUUUCAGUAGCUGUAUGUUCUUUCAUCCCUCGCAGACAUUUUGAGACAAGUUUAGUGAUGGCCAGUUGCUAUGGUUACGAGAUAUGACGUCAUAAGUAGCAGGUGGUCAGGCCAAUUUUGGGUGAAACUGCAUGUUUUUUCAACUUCUUUCAAGAAUAAAAGUAAAUUUUGUGGCUAAAAUCAUGCAAAGUGCUUAUUCAUGUGUUAUUUUUCAUGUACAGCACAAAAAAAUUACCAUUUUUUGCAGUUUUAACCUGAUUUCUAGUUCUUGGUAAAAUCCAAGAUGGCGACCAUUGUUGGUGACGUCACAGGCCUCCAGCAGCGCCACCACCCCUAAAAUAUAGCUUAUCUUGUUAAGAAGAUCACAGGCUUUCCACUAAAGGUAAAAUCGUUUCAAAAUACUGCAAGAUAUCAAAAACUACCGGGAGGGGUUCCAUCCACCCGCCAUGUACCACGGUGCGUGUACGUCCGAGUGUUAAAUGGGAAGAAACACUUAUAUAAUUCGUUCAGUUUAUUUAUCUAACAAUAAAUGACGCUCGUUUAUCAUUUCAGAAUUCAAGGGAAAUCACGAAACCUACGGAUAAUAACGCCAACGUUUCUUCAAGAUCACUGCAGAAGGAUUACGCCGGGGAGAUAUUUGAACGACAUCCCAUCUUUGCAUGUCGGCCGUCUGAGAUGAAACUGGCCAAUCUCAAGAACAUUUUUAAAUGCGGUUCAUUAGAUGAUGUUGCCAAGAUAGCUUUUGCUGUUGUUUUUAUUAUUUUUAAUGGGUUUUACUGGUUCUACUAUCUGUAUUUUACUGCCUAAAAAAAUAUCUUGCGGGGGAACUUAACAAUCAGCGUUUAAAGAGUCUCCACUCACUUUCAGCUUUUUAGUACUUAGCAUAAUAAAAAAUAGCUUAAAAUUAUAGUUAAUUACUUAGAUCUGCUUAUCA